AUGGAAAGAUGUGGCGUUCCUCACAGGUACCUGUCAGAGUAUUCUAGAACAGGCCGACUUCUUGGCGGUGAGACCACCACCGCCCAUCAAUUCCCAUGGCUCGCUGCCGUGAAUAUCGCCUCCCGAAGCAUAGGCGGAUCCCUCAUAUCUGAUAGACAUAUUGUUACCGCCGCAUCACCUCUCUAUGGAAAAUCAUUCAACGAAGUCAGUGUGACUCUGGGAGCUCACGACCGCUGCGGUAAUGGCAGUGACCCGGUUCUGAACACCAGUGUGUCAGAUAUUAUCAUACAUCCUGGUUUUUCGCCGACGAACCGCGACAAUGAUAUCGCCUUGCUGAAGCUAAGGCAUGUGGUGCCUUUCGGCCGAUUUAUUUCACCGAUAUGCAUGCCUCAUUACGGAGCGCCGGAAUCCGGACAAGUCGCUUGGACGGCGGCAUGGACUGCCACGGAUAACAAUGAAUCUUGUACACCAAGAGUUGUCACUCUUCCUAUUCUUCCUACAAGAUCCUGUUUGAAGGACACUGUGGGCUCUAAUUUCGUGACCCCUGAUAAAGGUUGCCUUGGACCUUUGGGUGCACGGAAUAUUAUUUGCGAGGCAGAUGUGGGAGCCCCUAUCAUGCAGAGACAUCCCGGGUUCUCAUUCAGGCUGGCGGGCGUCGUGUCGUCGUCAUCGUGUGACCGAAUCGCCAGUCCGCUCUACACGAGGAUAAUUGACCACGCUGGCUGGAUAUACCAGCAUACCCAUAGUGACUGUCAAUGUCUUUAA